AUGACGUCGACGUGUCGGAGUCGGGUUGCGAUGUCGUGCGACGAUGACGGUGUUUGUGCUUUAUUUAUGGCGUCGCGGGCCGAUGACGUGAAGCGCCGGGAUGCCUGGAUUAUGGUGUCGCGGGAUGAUGACGUAGAGGGUGUCGGUGGCUCUGGUUUAUGGUUUCGCGUGCCGAGGGUGCCGGCGGCGCUGGCGAUGUGGGCGUUGGCGGGGAGGCUUUGGGUGUCGGGGCUGCCGGCGGCGUCCGGAGUCCGGGCCCGCGGCUUGUCCUCCGGGUCGGCCCGGGCCUCGGAGCGGGCCCCGGGCCCCGGCCCCGUCCCCGUCCCCAUCCCGGCGGAGCUGCUGGGGCACCUGGAGCGGCUGGCGCUGGUGGAUUCGGGCGACGCGUCGGGGCUGUCGCGCCUGGAGCGGGCCGUCCGCCACGCACAGCGCCUCCGGGACCUCAACACCGACGGGGUCCCGCCCAUGGACUCCGUGCUCGAGGACAGGUGCCUGUACCUGAGGGCCGACGAAGUGGCCGAAGGCAACUGUGCCGAAGAGCUGCUGCGAAACGCCCGCCGGACCGUCGAAGAAUAUUUCGUGGCCCCGCCAGGUAACAUCCCUAUGGAAGAUGAAUGAGGCCCUGGUCCAGACGUAGCGCGGACACGUCGGAGGGGACUGUAAUGGAGGCGCGGAGGCCCACGGAUGCUGCCCCUUCCCAACCCAACUGUGCCAUUAAAGGAUUGGGGAACUGAGGCACGGAGAAGUAAAGUGGCUUGCCC